AUGGCAGAAACCUCUGGGCGUAAGCUGAUCGUUGAAGUCUGCAACGCCAAGAAUUUAAUGCCGAAAGAUGGUCAAGGAACGGCGAGUGCUUAUGCCAUGGUGGACUUCGACGGGCAGAGACGGCGAACCAAGACCAAACAGAGAGAUCUCAACCCGGAAUGGGACGAGAAGCUCGAGUUUCUAGUCCAUGACAUUGAGUCCAUGGGCUCCCAGAUACUGGAAGUCAAUAUCUACAACGACAAGAAGAACAGUGGGAAACGAAGCACUUUUCUUGGCAAAGUCAAGAUCCCGGGCUCUACCUUUGUGAAAGCAGAGCCGGAGAACACACUCGUUUACUUCCCCUUGGAGAAAAGGAGCGUGUUUUCUCAGAUCAAAGGCGAGUUGGGAUUGAAGAUUUACUAUAUCGAUGAAGACCCACCAGCUGCUGCGGCGGCGGAUGACAAGAAACCGGCAGCGGAGGAGAAGCCGCCGGAAAAGCCAAAGGAGGAGGAAAAGAAGCAAGAAGAGGAGAAGCCGAAAGAGGAGAUCAAACCAGCAGAAGAAGACAAACCGAAGGAGGAGGCUAAUAAACCAGCAGAGGACAAGGCCACUGUAGCACCGGAAUCAAAAACAGAGGAAGCAGCUUCUUCAGCGGUUGCUGCUCCGCCGCCAGAGGUUGAGAACCCGCCGAUUGCUUACUCUGAGAAGCCAAAUCAUCAAGACAAGGUUGUAGAGAGGUCGACGGAUGUGAGGAUUAACGAGAUGGAGCUUCAACCAUUGGCCCGGGAUAGAAAUCGGAGCGCGUACGAUCUCGUAGUCAGGAUGCCGUUUCUUUUCGUGAAAGUUGUCAAAGCCAAAAGAGCAGACGCUACUACAAAUCCAUCGGCAUCUCUUUACGCCAAGCUUGUAAUUGGUACGCAUACCAUCAAAACCAAGACACAAAGCAGCAACAAAGAUUGGGACCAAGUCUUUGCUUUCGACAAAGAGGGUCUCAAUUCCACCUCUUUAGAAGUGUCUGUGUGGGCCGAAGAGGAGAUCAAGAAGGAAGGAGAAGAAGCUCCCACUCUUACAGAGACUAGUCUCGGAAUGGUGUCUUUCGAUUUGCAGGAGGUGCCCAAGCGAGUUCCACCGGACAGUCCUCUAGCUCCACAGUGGUACACUCUCGACUCUGAAAAGUCUCCGGGAAAUGACGUCAUGCUCACUGUCUGGAUCGGCACUCAGGCCGACGAAGCAUUCCAAGAGGCUUGGCAGUCGGAUUCCGGCGGGUUGAUACCGGAGACCCGAGCAAAGGUUUAUUUGUCUCCGAAGCUCUGGUACUUGAGAGUAACGGUCAUCCAAACCCAAGAUCUCCAGCUAGGCUCGGGAUCCGAGGCUAACAAGAAGGUUCGGAAUCCCGAACUUUCCGUGAAGGCUCAUUUCGGGGCCCAGCUUUUCAAAACGAGUAGGACCUCCGUGGGGUCCACCUUGUCGAGCUCAUCCAACCCCACCUGGAACGAAGACUUGGUUUUUGUAGCAGCCGAGCCGUUUGAGCCGUACAUGACUGUGACCGUAGAAGAUGUAAGCAACGGUCAAUCUGUGGGGCACACCAAGCUUCACGUGCCAAGCGUUGAGAAGAGAACAGACGACCGUGCGGAGCCCAAGUCCAGAUGGUUCAACUUGAUUGGUGAUGAGGCGCGUCCUUACGCCGGUAGGAUACACCUGCGGGUUUGUCUAGAAGGAGGCUAUCACGUGCUGGACGAGGCUGCUCACGUGACGAGUGACGUCAGAGCUGCGGCAAAGCAGCUGGCGAAACCUGCCAUCGGCUUACUUGAAGUCGGAAUUCGCGGGGCCACCAAUCUGCUUCCGGUCAAGGUCAAAAAUGGGAUGCGUGGGUCAACUGAUACUUACGUGGUUGCCAAAUAUGGGCCGAAAUGGGUCCGAACCCGGACGAUUCUGGACCGGUUCAACCCGCGGUGGAACGAGCAGUACACUUGGGAUGUGUACGAUCCAUGCACUGUUCUCACUAUCGGCGUCUUCGAUAAUGGAAGGUACAGGCAACCCGAACCCGAGAAAGAUAUUCGGAUCGGAAAGAUACGAGUACGGCUAUCCACUCUUGAUAUGAAUCGUGUUUACAUGAACUCGUAUUCUCUUACUGUGUUGCUUCCCGGUGGGGCUAGGAAAAUGGGGGAGAUAGAGAUAGCCGUUAGGUUUUCAUGCUCGUCGUGGCUGAGUGUGGUCCAAGCCUACAGCACCCCAAUGCUUCCGAGAAUGCAUUACGUGAAACCAAUGGGCCCGGCCCAACAAGACAUUCUACGACAUACGGCUAUGAAGAUUGUGACGGCUAGGCUGGGGAGGUCGGAGCCACCGCUGGGUCAGGAAGUGGUUCAGUUCAUGCUCGACUCGGAUACACACGUGUGGAGCAUGAGGAGAAGUAAGGCCAACUGGUUUCGGGUGGUGGCGUGUUUGUCACGUGUGGCGACACUCGCGCGGUGGAUGGAUGGGAUUCGCACGUGGCGGCAUACGCCCACGACGGUUUUGAUGCACGCGCUGCUGGUGGCUGUGGUGCUAUGCCCGCAUUUGAUACUUCCGACCGUAUUCAUGUACGUCUUCCUCAUCUUAUUGGUGAGAUUGCGGUAUCGUCAUAGAGUGCCGUCAAAUAUGGACCCUCGGAUCUCUUAUGUUGACGCCGUGAGCCCUGAUGAGUUGGACGAAGAGCUUGAUGGGUUCCCCUCCACUCGACCCGCAGACACGAUCCGAAUACGAUACGAUCGACUGCGGGCUUUAGGUGGGAGGGCCCAAACUUUGUUGGGCGACGUAGCGGCCCAAGGAGAGCGUCUGGAGGCCUUGUUUUAUUGGAGGGAUCCCAGGGCAACCGGAAUCUUUGUGGUGUUCUGUUUCUUGGCGUCUUUGGUGUUUUACGUGGUGCCGUUCAAGGCUUUUGUGUUGGGGUCAGGGUUCUAUUACUUGCGCCACCCUAGGUUCCGUCACGAUAUGCCAUCACUUUCCACCAACUUUUUUCGGCGACUUCCAUCCUCGUCUGACCAGAUCAUGUAGAUGAUCUCGGGUUUUAUUGGUGAAGAUCCAAGUUCACUGGCUCAUAAAAUGUAUUGGGUAUUUCUUUU